GUAUUCUUGAAAUAACUGCCGUUGAUGUUGGAAUCGUUGCCAUCAAGGGCUUAUUCUCUGGCAGAUACCUGGCCAUGAACAAAAGGGGCAGACUUUAUGCAUCAGAAAAUUAUAAUGCAGAGUGUGAGUUUGUGGAGAGGAUCCAUGAAUUGGGUUAUAACACCUACGCGUCCCGUCUCUACCGGACUGUACCUAACAGAGCCGGCACCAAGCGCAAAGCCAGUGCAGAGAGACUCUGGUAUGUGUCAAUCAAUGGGAAAGGACGACCCAGAAGGGGCUUUAAAACUCGCCGGACACAGAAAUCGUCUCUCUUUCUGCCCAGAGUAUUGGAUAACAAAGACCAUGAAAUGGUCCGACUCUUCCACACAAACGUGAAAUAUCGAGAGAGUCUCCUGAAGACCCCAAGCAAGAAUCAGCGAAGAAGGAGAGGACGCUGA